GUUUCUCUGAUACCAUUCACAGCGACACACACACACAGACAUCUGAGGAGGAAGAGAUGGCCACCCAAAAUAACUUGAACAGUGCUGCGACUUUGUCGUUUCUGCUCAUAUUCGGGUGGGUUGCAGCGUUCGUCCCGGUAGAAGCUUCUCCUGAGGGGACGAAGACGGUGGAGUUCAACGUUAAACCGGGAGGAGUGGUGCACACUUUCACCGAGGCGAUUAGGGAGUAUGAGUGCUCAUUCACUUAUGCUUCACAAGGGGGAACCAAUGAGCAAUGGCUGAUGAGUGUGGGUUUGAGUGACGACGACAAAUUGUUUUCCUGCUCCGUGUGGAGGCCGCAAGGGAAAUCCUACCUGUUUUUCACUCAGUUCAAAGCUGAACUCAAAAGAACCAAAAUUGAAUAUGCUAAUGCUUAUUCCCAGACGGCGGCUGCAGGACAAAGUGACGUGCCUUUGAAGCCGGAGGAAUUUACCGUAGGAGACUCAACAGUGACCCACCGAGAUGGAAAAUUCAACGCUCAACUCUCCAAGCUGACCGCCAUUGGACGCACGCGUCACGAUGAGCUGUAAUUGGCCGUGUGUCGAGUCCGGCCUCUGUGUUCCAUCUCUGCAGCCAUUGAAGGACGGAUUUGCGGAAGAAACAACCAAAAGCUGAAGUGGGAUGAUGCUGAUGCCGUACGUCAGUAAAUAAAUGACCUGGUAUUUUAUUACAAUGGAUUUGAAAAUGCUGUUUGGACAAAAAAAACAACACUGAGGUAUCAGUUUAGUGUUCCAUUUUUUUCUAUAAAUAAUGUCCUAGUUUAAAUUAUGCCAUAAAAUGAAGUGCUUCCGUAGUUAUUUCUUAUUUUCUGAAGCUGUAACAUUUACAUUAAGCAGAUCUGUUCUGAUUCACUGGGGCCGUCUCUGAAUGUAUAGAGGAUCCGUGUCCGGGGGCUUGUGGGGUAUAGUUAACACGUUUAGACACAAGUGGGGAGGGAUUUAUCUUUCUCCUGUAAUCCUAAAAGGAAAGGAAAUAAUCUCCAAUAGCGUCAUCACACUCUCAUAAACAAUUACAUUUAUUCUGAAUCUUGUUCUGUUCUGAGCUCCUCGCUUUCUGUUGUUCCCGUUAGAUAACUGUGCAUUACUGAAACGACACAUUUUAUCCCCUGAGUCACCAAUGGGUACCACUUGUGAUCCCUUUUUGUUAUGUUUGUAUUAUUGGGCAGAGAGGGUGCUUGUAAUGGAGCUAGAGACAGAUGUCUGUGGAUACAUCCUCAACACUGUGAGCAUGAACUCCUUGUUGAGAAGAAAUGUAAUAUAUACUACCAUUUCCUUAUUGAAAUGUCUCUAUUUUUAACUUCAGGAUAUUUCAAUUAAUUUUCAGUAACACGGUCUCGGGUUCAACCCAAAAGAACUCAAAUAUACGGAGUACAGACAUUUGGAUCAUAGUAUCAAUGAAGGAGAGAGAUCACAUAAUCCGAUAUUUCGAUCUGCUUUCAUCCUUUGCUGUAACACGUGUGGAACGGCGGAGGUGCUGUGCACGUCUCAAAAGCACAUGCCCCCUUAUGCGUCGAGCCGCCUUGCCUUCAUCUUCCUUACAUUGAUCCAAUCUUCUUAGAUCCACACAAGUGUGCACGAGAUGAGUUCCGGGGAUUGAUUUCAGAUUGGAGGAUUGUGCUGAUUUGAUUCUGCGGCCGCGUUGCCCACUGAGAUCCGUACCUCGUUUGGUUGGGGCUCGGACCCGGUCGUCCAUCCGGUGGUGAUCCCCCUAGAGUUGAGGUAGCGCCCGGCCCGGCUCGGCUCGUGUCCCCACCGUUGAUGCUCCCUGUGGGGUCGCAAAAGGAAGCAAUCACAUCCAGAUGCUGUUCCAGAAUAGAUCAAAAACACUUGUUACUUUUUUUUAUUUUUUUUUUACAUGGUCUCUUUCCUUUUCUACUUUGUGUUUGUUCUGAUUCAUGAUGAAAUGUGAUGGAUGUUUGAAUAAAGACAUGUUGCCAGUGUGCUGGAGAUAACUCAA